CAAUCAAAUUAACUUCGAUUGCUAAUAAUAAUAUUAUCGAGUAUCAUCAUUUAUAUUAACAAUAAUGGCUUCCCCCGCAUUCUACACCAGACGCUUCCUCUCGAACCGUCUCCCUCUCGUCUUCCAGGCCCCCAUUCCUCGAACCCAACGCCUAUCCGCCUCAACCACCGCCGAACAAGCAACCAGCGCCAAACCCUCCCCCGCCAGCAACCCCGAAGUAGACGGUAUAAACGUCUCGCGCGGCAAGGAGUCCAGAUAUACCGACGCGCCGCCGUCGAGUAACAUGCAAUCGCCCAUUUCGGCGAGACGCGGACUCCCGAGUGAGGCGCAGGAGGGGGAGGAGCAGACAACUACGGAUGCGCAGAUUAAGAAUGAUCCUAGAGAGUCGUUGGAGAAGAAGAGGGAGAAUGUAAGGAAGACGGGGGAGAAGCCUAUGGGGAAGGAGGAUUUUGCUUGAUUCAACAUAGUUGGGAUGGAAUGCAUGUUUGAUGACGUACCUUGAUAAGGGCGCAUGCAUGUGAUGCUGAUACUCAGCUGAGAAACAGGACAAAGCAAUAGACAAUCAAAGAUAAUUCAAUUUCAU